AUGAUACAGUACCUCCUCGUCCGCCCAUACCCCUCCCUCCGCAUCCUCUUCACAUCCCCCUCCCUCCAAAUCCCGGGGAUGCUCCAAUCCUUCUUCCUAAACCGCAUCGGUGACUCAGGCGCCAAACGCGAUAAUAUACUGAACGCCAUGAUGGCCGGGUGGAGUGUCACGGCGCGCAUCAAGUGGUUCCAACUCCCAGUACCGAACGGGUUCGUAGUUACAAGUGCGGCGGAAGCUAAGAAUGUCGUUAUCGAUAUCAAUGCACCGUCGGUAAUAAAAGCCCAAAUCCUAGCGGGCGGCCGCGGAAAAGGAACAUACGACAGCGAUGGCAAAGGUGGUGUCCGGAUCGUCAAGACACCAGGCGAAGCCUUCGAAAACGCAACGAAAAUGCUCGGUCACAACCUGAAAACAGACCAGACCCCACCACCAGGCCUUCCCGUCUCAAAACUAUACAUCUACAAAGCGGUAACCAUAUCGCACGAAUACUACCUAGCAAUGACCUUCGAUCGAAAACACUCCUCCCCAGUUCUCCUGAUAUCAGAUGAAGGCGGAAUAAACAUAGAAUCGAACAUCGACAGUCUACACCGAUUAUGGUUUAACCUCGGAACCGGUAUGACCGAUGAAAUCGACGCUUAUAUACAAGCCGAGCUCGGGUUCUCGGAUUCAGAAAUGGGGAGGGUGAGACACAUCCUGCAACAAAUGGUGAAAUUAUUCAGGGAGACAGAUGCAACGCUGUUAGAAUUGAAUCCGCUUGUGCGAACCGAGGAAGGGGACUUUGUUUGUUUGGAUGCGAAGUUGCAUUUUGAUAAUUCGGCGCGAUACCGACAGGCGGAGAUUUUUGGGUUGGAGGAGCGGUCCCCUGAGGAGCAGGAGGAGUUUGAGGCGGCGCAGUUGGGGCUUUCUUAUGUGCGGCUUGAUGGCAUUGUGCGUUGUGAUAUGAUCGCUGAGUCGAUUGUUGCUGCUGCGAAGGAGAUUGGAGGUUUCAAGGUCCCUGUUGUUGUCCGGCUGCAGGGUACGAAUAGUGACAAAGGAUUGAAAUUGAUUGAGGAAUCGGGAUUGGACAAUUUAUUUGUUGAGGCGGAUUUUGAAGAAGCGGCGCGAAGUAUUGUUCGACUCACGCCUAAAAGCGGUUGA